AUGGCUAACUUCUGGGCCCCGUUUUGUGCCGUGGUCCUGCUGGUGGCGGGCCUGGCUACUGCCACUGAUGAGCAUAGCGCAGGACCGCAGCGAUCCGUCGACCAGGGGGCAGUUUUGGAACGAUUGGUGCAAACGUGCAUCGCGAACUCCCAGAUGACACCAGAAGAGAGCGCCACCUUGCUGAACCUCCAGAGACAACUAACUGAAGAGCACGGGUCUCGCCCGCACCGGCCGACGAACUUUCUGGAAUACGUUGACCGUCACGCACCCAGCCCCGAAAUAGCCCAAGGAAUCAGGUCGACGAUCCAUGCGUUCGCAGUCUGUUACGCUCAAGAAACGGUAAAAUUGAUGCUGUUCGGUCCUACAACUCCUCAAUGAAUCGUCG